GGAAACGAUUACUUCCGUUUUGUCACUGUGUUCACUUGUGAUUGGAAGUGAGCAGAGAGGAAUGAACUACUCACACACUUGAGCAAAUAUGCACUUAUUUUAGUCCGAGCUUGUUGAGUUGACAAACCUGUUGGUGGUCAAUGUCCUCGAAACUCAAAGAAGUACAAUUACAAGAACGCCAACUAGCUCCGCGGCUAGCUUGCCGUGAGAGCUAACAGCGAAUCCGUCCAGUACACUUGUCCAAAAAAAUGGAUUGUAUUUGGGAAAUACUUGCAGCUUUGGUGGUGUUGGCGAUUGUAGCUGUAAUUGUGUUUGUGAUGGCGGCGUACGUCACGGCCAGCGAGGCGAACCUGACGCGGGACGACAAGGAGAAACGCUUCCUCACCACGACCGGGACCACGGAGCUGUUCCCCAGUCUGCACGACCCCCCCUCUCUAGAACUCUCGGUGGUGGUCCCGGCCUACAACGAAGAGCUGCGUCUUCCCGUGAUGCUGGAUGAAGCCAUGGAAUAUUUGCAGAACAGGCAGAAGCGACAUGCGUCUUUCACCUACGAGGUCAUUGUGGUGGACGAUGGCAGCAAAGACAAAACCACAGAGGUGGUGUUGCGGUACACCAAGCAGUACGGUGCAGAGAAAGUGCGGGUUCUGACGCUGGUCAAGAACCGGGGAAAAGGAGGCGCUGUGCGCAUGGGAACCCUGAGCUCCAGGGGGCGCCUCAUUCUCAUGGCGGACGCGGACGGAGCCACAAAGUUUGGCGAUGUCGAAAAGGUGGAAGCGGGCCUUAAAGAUCUCAAUCCCAAACCGGGCAACAUGGCCAUCUCGUGCGGUUCCAGAGCUCACCUGGAGCAGGAGGCGCUCGCUCAGCGUUCCCUGUUCCGCAACGUCCUCAUGCACGGCUUCCACUUCCUGGUCUGGUUCUUGUGCGUGCGCGGCGUCCGCGACACGCAGUGCGGCUUCAAGGUUUUCACACGCGAGGCGGCGCUGCGCACCUUCUCCUCGCUGCACGUGGAACGAUGGGCUUUCGACGUGGAGCUCUUAUACAUCGCGCAGCGCUUGAAGAUCCCCAUCGCGGAGGUGGCCGUCAACUGGACCGAGAUAGAAGGCUCCAAGCUGGUUCCGUUCUGGAGUUGGCUCCAGAUGGGCCGGGACCUGCUCUUCAUCCGCCUGCGCUACCUGAUGGGAGCCUGGAAACUGCAGCCUCCAAUUAAGAGCGACUAACCAAUCAGAGGAGAGAUUGUUUUGACUUGUGACCCAAUCAGAAGCCAGAUUUUUCUUCUUCUUUUUUUUACUUAAAGACCUUGUGCUUGUACCUGCCUGCUUUUCCACAUGGAGGCGCCACUUAUGAAAUUGCGGUGGCUGCUAUUCGAAAGCCGUUAGAGCAUUUAUUCCUUAUCCUCAAUAUCCAUGUACUAGUAUCCUCUUUGUCCUCAUUCGUAAGACAGUUCGUUAGAGCAUUUAUUCCUUAUCCUCGAUAUCCAUGUACUAGUAUCCUCUUUGUCCUCAUUCGUAAGACAGUUCAGCACACUUGUAGAAUGGACUGUCUUACUAGUACUGGUUUUCCCAUUACUACUACCAGCACUUUGGGCCUAAUAGUACCCAAUUAAACCUGACUUACAAACUGCCGUGUUGCACUAGUAACACUUCUCAGCCCAACUAGUAAGCAUGUCUCACACACACUAGUAGCCUGUUGGACCCUACUAUUAGCCCCAAAAUGCCCAGUCGUAGUUUUGCCUCACUAGUAGUAUCUAGUUGUCCCACUAGUAUGCCAAAAUACUAAUCGUUACAUCAGAAAGUUAACAUCUAGCACUUCACUAGUCGUGCUCGUAGUCCGCAAAUGUCAACGAGUGCAAAGUCUUGCCUUGCUAGUAGCAUGGAGUUGUCAAAUUGUGCAGAAAUAUACAGUAGUGGAAAAAAUGACUAGUAAGAGAGUCCUACAUGUAUGUCAUGUACUUUGUCCUCACUCUAGUAGAAUGACUGUCGUCCUUGUAAAACCUUUCCACUACUAGUGCCUCUCUUUUGGUGUACCGGUACAACUUGAAGCUUGAUAUUUUUUCCACAACUGCCAUCCACUACUGUCUGACAUUUCUGCACACUAGCUGGACAACUACGUGUUACUUGUGAGGCAAAAGUGUGCGCUACGUGGUAAAAGAAUUUGAUACUUUUCUGCUAUAUUCUAUAUUCAAUACUAGUACUAGUAGCAUACAGUUGUCAACAAGUGCACAGUUUUGCCUCACGAGUAGCAUGUAAUUGUCCUACUAGUGCAGACAAAGCGUGCACUUCAACCUUCCCAUUACCUAAUGAGUACCUUUUACACAGAACAGUUGAAAUCGCCGUUGUACAUGGACCUCAAGUCACGUUUGCCUAUAUUGCAUUUCGGAGAAGUGGCAGUAAAACAGGCCAAAAUCCAGAUCUCAAGGAUAGGGAAUAAACGCUCAAGACGGAUUCCCAUAUUGCGGUGGCCGCCAUUUUGUGUGCCAAGUUAUUUCGUUGGUGAGAUGGGAAUGCCUCAGCUAUUGUAUAAACAGGAUGUGAGGAGGCGGUUGAAAAAUAUUUGGGGUUGGUUGAAUGGAAUUAAUAAAAAAACAAAUGAACAGUA